AUGAAAACGUGUUGACACGUUUACUGUGGUAAGUUGCAGGUCUUUUUACAAGGUAUAAACAGCCAUUAAAAUCGUGUUGAAAAGAGAACAGGAUAUUCUGCUUCAUUAUAACGUUACCACUGUGAACAUGGCGAAGGGGAAAGAACUAUCGGAGGAUGUAAGGAAUUUGAUUAUAACCAAACAUGGACUUAAGCAAGGUUACAAGUCCAUCUCCCGAGACCUUGGCAUUGCUGUUUCCACAGUUCGUAAUGUUAUCAGGAAGCAUGCUGUCCAUGGAGUUGUAGUCAACCUCCCAGGACGUGGUCGCAAGAAGACUCUGGUUCCACCGGGUGAAAAAGAGGGAACUUGCAAGAAGAAUCUGGUCCCACCGGUUGAAAAAGCAGUUCGUUCUGCAUCUAUCCAAAAUAAAAUGACAUCUGUUUGUGAUGCCACCAUUGAUGACAAGGAAAAUGGUUCCGAGUCGACGGAGUCUCAGGACAAGGAACAUCCACGGCUUCUCAUCCCAGAGUUAUGUCAGUUUUUCUACCAACUCGGCUGGGUUACUGGGACAGGAGGAGGGCUAAGUUUGAGACGUGGAGAUCAGAUCUACAUUGCCCCGUCUGGAGUGCAGAAGGAGAGACUACAGCCAGAUGACAUGUUUGUCUGUGAUGUGGAGGAGAGAGACAUCAGCUCUCCACCCCCCUGGAAGAACCUGAAGAAGAGCCAGUGCACUCCUCUGUUCAUGAAUGCCUUCACUAUGAGAGCGGCGCAGGCCGUCAUCCACACCCACUCCAAGGCUGCCGUCAUGGCAACUCUGUUUUAUCCUGGCAAGGAGUUCCGCAUAACUCACCAGGAGAAUAAAGGAAUCCGCAAGGGCACCUCCAGAACCAACUACAGAUAUGAUGAAACCCUGGUGGUCCCCAUCAUUGAGAACACCCCGGAGGAGCGGGACCUGAAGGAGCGCAUGGCGCUGGCCAUGGAGCAGUACCCAGACUCCUGUGCGGUCCUCGUCCGGCGCCACGGAGUCUACGUGUGGGGGGAGUCCUGGGAGAAAGCCAAGACCAUGUGUGAAUGUUAUGACUACCUAUUUGACAUCGCUGUCCAAAUGAAGCAGAGUGGAAUGGAUCCUUCAGCACCACCCAUUGAAGAGAACCAUUACUACGAUGUCCAACCAUCCCAAUAAAUGGAGGCAAACAAUCAGGGCCUAAAAUGAACACCUGCCAAAUGUGGAUUUUUCCCCAGCCAUGUUGCCGGGUGGUCAGGACUUCACAGUGCAAGUAUUUCACUCGCAUUUGUGAAUAUAGAAAGUCAAGUUUGAUCACAUUUAUAGUGACAAAUAUGCUACACUUGCUGUUUUCAAAAUAUUUCUGCCGUUUUUGUUUCAUAGCUGGUAAUAUAUAGCCUGUUCCACCUCCUCUGCCACACAGCCUGGCUGGGGGACUGUGCGCACAUGAAGAGCUGAGUGAAAGAUUACAUUUUUAGAAGCGCUGUGCACAGGCAUAAAAGUUGGUCUAAUUUACUUGAAAACAAAGUCUACUGAAGUGAAACUCUGUCCUUGUGUUUCUUGGCUAUUUACAUUGUUUUGUUCACAAACUAGGUUGUUUUUCUAUGUUUGAGUUUCAACUGCUUGGGAAGAGAAGACCACGCUUCUACUAGUCAAUCUCACAGGCAGAAACAAUACUGAUUUGCGUUGCCACGGUAACCUCCCUCCCUUAAAGGUGCAGGUGAACAUUUUUGUCUCUGAUAUUGUGGUUAAAAAUUUAAUUAAUCAAUAUACCAAUUUACUUCUUACUAGUAAUACACUUAUUGUUUUAGAAACAUUACAAAGCAUGCUCAUCUGUUUUUUUGUGUUCUGUUGGUGUUAUUUGUGGAAAAAAUAUUUUGUCUGGUAAAAAAAAUGUGGCUGGUAGAUUUAAAAAUAAUAAUAAUAAAUAUUCCUGCCACAGUG